AUGCCUUUGAAGUUUCCUCGCCAAAUACGAUUCUUCACUCAUUCUCUUCCGGGUACUCAUCUCGCUCCCUUGAAUUCCGGUGCACGAGCUGAUCAUCAUUCCUCUAGCUCCGUCCCUUUUCUCUUCCGGGUAUUGUCUUUUAGGUUGCAUUACUUUGCGAUCGGAUCUCGCAUCAACUUCUCUACUCGUCCGAACAGAGACCCACCCGAAUUUGAGCGGCGGAGUCGCGACGGAGGAGAAAUCCGCGGGUCAAGGAGUUUGAUCGAAGACGAGGAAGAGCUCAGUAAUUUGGUGAGCGAUUUCAGGACCGGAUCGUUGCGUUUCCGUCUCACGAGUGACGAUGACGAUCCGGGUCCGGACAUGGAGGAUCGUAGCAGGGGAAGAAAGCAAGACAGGAGAGGAAUUCGCAACAAAGUUGAUUCCUUUAGGGAUAAGCGGUAUGGUGAUAGAGAAAAUGGUCGGUUUCAAGGCAAAAGUAGUCAGGGGUCUUUUCGUGGGAGGAAGGAGACAAGUUUAGAUUCAGGAUUUAGGAAAGAUAGAGAUAGAGAUAGAAAAGACUACAAUGGUUUAAGGAAGCGUGAAGAUUUUCUUGAGGACGAAAGUAGUGAUGAGGAUGUGAAGAGUUUAGUAAUGGGAAGCAUUGGAAAUUUGCUUAGUGAAGAAGAUGAGGAAGAGGACGAAGAUUAUGAAUUUCUUAAGAAGAAAGCUGCUUCUGCUUUUGGGUUUGAUAAGGAGAAGGUUGUAGAAGCGGAUAAGGCAAGGAAUGCAGAUGGUGUUAAGACUUCAGAUUCUUAUCUGACUAAGACAAGAUUCGAUCAGUAUCCGUUAUCUCCCUUAUCGCUAAAGGCAAUUAAGGAGGCUGGAUAUGAGACAAUGACUGUUGUACAGGAAGCUACUCUCCCUGUAAUUCUCAAAGGUAGAGAUGUCCUAGCUAAGGCCAAAACAGGAACUGGGAAAACUGUAGCGUUUUUGCUUCCAUCAAUUGAAGUAGUUGUCAAAUCUCCUCCUACAAGUCCGGAUAAUAAGCGACCCCCGUUUCUUGCACUUGUGAUAUGCCCAACUAGAGAACUUGCCUGUCAAGCUGCUACAGAAGCAAACACCUUGCUGAAGUAUCAUCCAUCAAUUGGUGUUCAAGUUGUGAUUGGAGGAACAAGGCUUGGUUUAGAGCAAAAGCGUAUGCAAACAAAUCCUUGCCAGAUAUUAGUGGCUACACCUGGAAGGCUCAAAGACCAUAUUGAGAACACUCCAGGAUUUGCAACAAGGUUAAAAGGUGUGAAAGUUCUUGUGCUUGAUGAAGCUGAUCAUCUUUUAGACAUGGGUUUUCGCAAGGACAUUGAGAGGAUAAUUUCCGCGGUUCCUAAGGAGAGACAAACUUUUCUAUUUUCCGCUACAGUACCUGAAGAGGUUCGGCAAAUAUGCCUUAUUGCUCUGAGGCGGGAUCACGAGUUUAUCAACUGUGUUCACGAAGGCACUGGAGAAACGCAUCAACAGGUCAGACAAAUGCACAUGAUUGCAUCACUGGACAGACAUUUCUCUCUUCUAUACACACUUCUUCGAGAACACAUUGCGAAUAACGUAGACUAUAAGGUCAUUGUCUUCUGCACAACUGCUAUGGUUACUAAAUUAGUGGCUGAUCUACUCGGUGAGCUGAACUUAAACGUGAGGGAGAUCCAUUCUAGAAAACCUCAGAGUUACAGGACAAGAGUUUCUAACGAGUUCCGCAAAUCCAAGGGUUUGAUUCUCGUAACAUCUGAUGUAUCUGCUCGAGGAGUCGAUUACCCUGACGUCACCCUUGUUUUACAGGUGGGAUUGCCAAAAGACAGAGAACAAUAUAUACACAGACUCGGUAGAACUGGGCGAAAAGGAAAGGAAGGAGAAGGCAUAUUGUUGUUGGCACCAUGGGAGGAAUACUUUGUAUCAUCUCUUAAAGACUUACCCAUCACUAAGUCUCCUCUACCAUCAAUAGAACCCGAAACUAUAAAAAAGGUGCAAAAGGCGCUAUGCCAUGUCGAGAUGAGGAACAAGGAGGCGGCGUAUCAGGCUUGGUUGGGUUACUACAUCUCAAUCAAGAUGAUUGGAAGAGAUAAAGACAGGCUUGUGGAGUUGGCUAACGAGUUUAGUCGUAGUAUGGGACUUGACAAUCCUCCAGCUAUACCAAAACUUAUUCUUGGUAAGAUGGGUCUCAAAAAUGUUCCUGGUCUUAGAGCCAAGUAG